AUGUCAGAAAGAUCAAGCAAAUCAGAUGAUUCAAAAGGGAUCGAUGUUUCCUCUAAACCAACACUGAAUGUCUUUGCGCAACCCCAUUUCAGAACAAAAACAAAUACUACACGUUUAUCUUUCAAAGAUUUUCAUAAAAAUGUUCCAAAUCCAAAUUUACAGUCUCCCAGUGACUCCUCACCAAGAUCAAUUUUUCAACUGGAUAGCUCUUCGGAUAUUUCAUUAAUUUCAAAAACUUUUCCAACAAAACAAGACAAUUCAGAAACAGAAUUAGAAGAAUGUACAACUGAACAAGAUUCUAUUCAAGAAAUUUCAACGAACGACGACUCAGCUGUAUUACCAGAAUUGAAUCCAUUAUGUCCCUCUCAUUCUGAUGAAGAGUUACCUCUACAAUCAGACUCUAUUCAUAUGAAAGACUUGCAAAUUCGACAAACAGACAUGGAAAUUAACGACUGUGAUAUUGAAUCAUGUAUUAUACAAAAUCCUCAGGAAGUUGAUCUAUCUUUGAAAGGCAAUCAAAAUCCUUCUUCAGAAGUUUUAUCCUCCUCAAGUAACCAGCUUGAUCUAUCAUCAGUUGAUGAAUGUAUGCCUAUUAAUGCGCAUACUUCAAAUGUCAUGAAAUCUUGUUUUCAAAUCAAUUCAAAGAAUCCGAGAAAUAACGCGAAAAUUGAUGACCUCCACAAGGAAAAUGAGGGAGACGAUUUGGGAAUUAUAAUUGAAGUUGCUCACAGAUGGAAAAAAGAGGUUUCUAGAAAGGAUUCCUUAAUCAAAGAACUGCAUGAUGAGAUUCACAGAUUAAAAAAAACCAUUGAGCAACGGGAUCAUUCUUUGUCUUUAUACAUAGAGCGUAUGUUCAUUGUAGAAGCGCUAAUAAAACGCCAGCAAACUUAUACUGAUCAUAAUCGUGAGAGAAUUGAGAAAAUGAAAUCAAAAUACUAUCUAUAUCGCAAUAGUUUAUCAAAUAUGUUGAAACGUAUGGAAGAAGUACGGGAUGAAAAAAAUCGAAUCGAAAGUGAAAUUGGGUCUUUAAAAUGUGAAUUUGAUAAACUUGUUACACAGCACAAAUCCAUUUCUGAAAGUCAUGCUUCUAAUUUUCAGUCACAACAAUCUCAAAUAGCGCAAAUUACUGAUCUAAACACCCAUCUCACUGAAUCUAAUACGCAACUUAAUAAUGUUAUCGCACAACUUCGUCAAUUGAUACAAGAUUCAGAUGCUAAGUCUUCAUGCUAUGCGUCUGAGCUUGAAUCUACGCGUGAAAAAUUGGAAGCAUUAUUACGUGAACGUGGUACAGAAAGAAUGGAACAUAUGAACAAAUGCCAGAAUAUAGAGUCAUUAUUAAAACUUUCUGAAGACAACAACAAAGCAUUGUCAACAAAUCGAAAAGAAAAUGAAAAGAGAAUUGCCCAGUUGGAAGUUCAAUUAAAUGAGCUCGAAUCUGGGCGCGAAAAAUUGGAAGUAUUAUUACGUGAACGUGAUACAGAAAGAAUGGCGCAUACGAACAAAUGCCAGAAUCUAGAGUCUUUAUUAAAACUUUCUGAAGACAACAACAAAGCAUUAACGACAAAUCAAAAAGAAAAUGAGGAGAGAAUUGCCCAGUUGGAAUUUCAAUUAAAUGAGCUUGAAUCUACGCGCAAAAAAUUGGAAGUAUUAUUACGUGAACGUGAUACAGAAAGAAUAGCACAUAUAAACGAAUGCCAGAAUCUAGAGUCUUUAUUAAAACUUUCUGAAGACAACAACAAAGCAUUAACGACCAAUCAAAAAGAGAAUGAAGAGAGUGUUAAUUUCAUUCAUUACUUAGUGGCUAUCGGAACUACCGAUAUUCCAGAUCUUGAUCUUAAUAUACAAUAUAAUAAGAUUAUACUCAAAUUUGAUCAAGAACAAUCUAGCAGUGAAACAAAAAUAGAAGAGCUGUCUAGGACUGUUGAGACUUGGAAGUCUAAAGCAGAGUCAUUUGAAUCACAAUUAAGUAUAAUUUCCACAAAGCAUGAUGAAUUACAAAAUGAACACAACAAAGUUGUCGAAGAGAUGAUCAACGUUAAUCGUCAGCAUAAUGAGGCUGUUGAUAAGGCCCUCAAUCGUGCUGCUUGUUAUUACCAAGACAUGGCAAAGAGGACAGCAGUAGAACAUGAAAAUGAUAUUCGCAAACGAGAUUGUAAAAUUCGUGAAGCCGAAGCCAAAGAAAUAGCAUUGACUGAAGAAAUUAAAUCCAUAAAAUCUAAGCUCAUUCGAACGGAAUUAAAUGAGAAGUCUUUACUACGUCAAUUGCGAUUGAGAAAAGGAUGUAGUGUAUGCAAUGUUUCUACUACUGGAAAUACGACUAAAGAAUUCCACAUUACGGAUAAUGCGAUAAAAGCUGAAUCCAACGACGAAUUAAAAUCGGGACCUUCAAAUGAUUGGUUGUCACCAAAUGCACAAACACGCGAUACCGACGGCUCUCAAUACACAACACGAUUGUCAGUUCCUUCAACACCUAGUACAUCGGGAUCAACACAGAUAGGCACACGAAAUCGCAAAGCUAAAUGA